AAUUAACUGGAAAAAAUUUCUACAUUCUUUUACGAGUUUCACCCAUUCAUCUUUAAAGGUGGUAAAAUGCCGAUUUGUUAAAUCUAUAGGUUAUGCCAUCGGGGGAUUUGUUUCACAACGUAGAUAACACACACACAAAAAUACACAUUUCAUCACUACCAAAACGCAUCCCCAUCUUUCUCUCUCCUCCGUACACCGGUUGCCGGUGACACCACCUCCGCCUCUUCUUUUCUCUCUCUUCAGUUGAUUGAGCUAAUACAGUAGAUACACAAAUGAACGAUCGUAAAGUUAUCGAACUAGAGCAAGGAUGGGAGUUCAUGGGGAAGGGGAUUACGAAGUUGAAAAGGAUUUUGGAAGGAUUACCAGAGCCGCCUUUUAAUUCGGAAGACUACAUGAUGCUGUACACGACAAUAUACAACAUGUGUACACAGAAACCCCCUCAUGAUUACUCUCAACAACUCUAUGACAAUUACAAAGAGGCAUUUGUGGAUUACAUACAUUCAACGGUUUUACCUUCUUUGGGGGACAAACAUGAUGAGUUUAUGCUGAGAGAGCUUGUGAAGAGAUGGUCAAAUCAUAAAGUAAUGGUGAGGUGGUUGUCUCGCUUCUUCCAUUAUCUGGAUCGGUACUUCAUCGCUCGGAGAUCGCUUCCUUCUUUGAAUGAUGUUGGAUUGACGUGCUUCCGUGAUCUGGUUUAUCAAGAAAUAUCUGGCAAAGCCAAGGAUGCUGUUAUUGCUCUGAUUGAUGAAGAAAGAGAGGGUGGGCAAAUUGACAGAGCCUUAUUGAAGAAUGUACUUGAUAUAUACGUUGAAAUUGGAAUGACACAAAUGGAUUACUACGAAAAGGACUUUGAAGCUCAUAUGCUGGAUGAUACUGCUGCUUAUUACUCACGCAAGGCCUCAAGCUGGAUUCUGGAGGACUCAUGUCCGGAAUACAUGUUGAAGUCGGAGGAGUGUUUGAAGAAAGAGAAAGAUAGAGUGGCUCAUUAUCUACAUUCCAGCAGUGAGCCAAAGCUUCUGGAGAAAGUACAAAAUGAGUUGCUACUGGUUUACGAAAAUCAGUUGCUUGAGAAGGAGAAUUCUGGAUGUCGUGCAUUGUUGAAAGAUGACAAGGUGGAAGAUCUUUCCAGGAUGUACAGGCUUUAUAGCAAGGUUACCAAAGGGUUGGAACCCAUUGGCAGUAUCUUCAAACAGCAUAUAACCGAUGAAGGAACAGCCCUGGUGCAGCAGGCCGAAGACGCUGCAAUUAGCAAGGCUGAAAAUGCUGGCGGUGGUUCACAUGAGCAGGUCUUCGUCAGGAAAGUGAUUGAGUUGCAUGACAAAUUUAUGACCUAUGUUACAGAUUGCUUCAACAGCCAUACCAUCUUUCACAAGGCUCUCAAGGAAGCUUUUGAGGUAUUCUUAAACAAGGGUGUUGCUGGUAGUUCAAGUGCUGAACUUCUAGCUUCAUUUUGUGAUAAUAUUCUCAAGAAAGGUGGUAGUGAAAAAUUAAGUGAUGAGGCUAUUGAGGAUUCACUGGAGAAGGUGGUGAAGCUUCUCGCAUAUGUCAGUGAUAAAGACCUGUUUGCUGAAUUUUACAGAAAGAAGCUCUCUCGCCGGCUACUCUUUGACAAAAGUGCUAAUGAUGAUCAUGAGAGGAGUAUUUUAACAAAAUUGAAGCAGCAGUGUGGGGGACAGUUCACAUCAAAGAUGGAGGGGAUGGUGACAGACUUGACAUUGGCGAGGGAGAAUCAAACUAAUUUUGAGGAAUAUCUUGGACAAAAUACAGAUGCCAGUCCUGGUCUUGAUUUGACUGUGACAGUUUUGACCACUGGGUUCUGGCCAAGUUACAAAUCUUCUGAUCUUAACCUUCCUGCUGAGAUGGUGAGGUGUGUUGAAGUUUUUAAGCAAUUUUAUCAAACAAAGACAAAACACAGGAAGCUCACCUGGGUAUAUUCGUUGGGAAGUUGUAACAUUAAUGGCAAGUUUGGUCCGAAAACAAUUGAAUUGGUUGUUGGAACUUAUCAGGCUGCUGCGCUGAUGCUCUUUAACACAUCAGAUCGACUGAGUUAUUCAGAAAUAACGACCCAACUAAAUCUAGCUGACGAAGACUUGGUUAGAGUGCUUCAAUCUCUAUCUUGCGCAAAGUAUAAGAUUCUUCUAAAAGAGCCAAGCACAAGAAACGUGAUCUCAACUGAUUGUUUUUCAUUCAACUCUAAUUUUACUGACAGAAUGAGGAGGAUUAGGAUUCCUCUUCCUCCAAUGGAUGAGAGGAAAAAGGUUGUUGAAGAUGUUGACAAAGAUAGAAGAUAUGCUAUUGAUGCCUCAAUUGUACGCAUAAUGAAAAGUAGGAAGGCUUUGGGAUAUCAACAAUUAAUCACGGAGUGUGUGGAGCAGCUAAGCCGCAUGUUCAAGCCUGAUUUCAAAGCAAUUAAGAAGAGGAUCGAGGACUUGAUAACCAGAGAUUAUAUUGAAAGAGACAAGGAAAACCCUCAGCUAUUCCGGUACUUGGCUUGAUCAUAUUCUCGUGUUCUUCUGAGCUUACUCUUUCGAUGCCUUAUAUGUAACAAACCCCGAAUGAUAAUGCCAAUAGUAGGUUCUUAUUGUACAGUAAUUUGGUUUUCCAUGAGUUUAAAAUUCUUAGCCAAUUUUUAAUAUUUUUGGGCUCAUGCAAUCCAAGAAAUCCGAUAGACAUGUUUGUUUAACUAAAUAAUGUGUUCAGUUUAAAAUGUUAUGUUUAGUGAGGUGAAAUAGGUUUUAUGUGCACCUAAUUUCUCCAGAUUUAAUGAUGGUUCAUUCACUUUA